GUAGGGAAAUUUGUAUAUACUUUUUACUUUUGCAUUUUUAUAUGUUUCCACUUUCCAAUGUUUCUUCUUGGUUUAUUUGUUUGCAAUGGAAUUUCACGUUGAAGUUAAGCAAGAGUUCCUCGAAUAUAGUGAAAUACAUGUAGAAAGUCAGGUAUACACAUCAACAAAUAAUAUUGGAGCUUCCAAUGAACCAGAAGAUAAAUUAGCAAUAGAAGUAAAAGCUGAAAUUAAGGAAGAAUUUGCUCAAGAUGACCAAGGAUAUAUAGAAAGUCAGCUAAUUACACCCCUUUUUCUUGGAGACUUAAAGAAUGAACCAGAUGAAGAUAACUCAGGUUUUUUCCAGGACAGAAACGAACAUAUAGAAGCAGAGACUGUCGAACAACUGUACAAAUAUGAAAUUUGUUUUAAACAAAUUACUGGAGCAGAUAAAUUGAAAAACCAUUUUGGAACCGACAAUAACGGAAAGGAUUAUGCCUGUGAAAUUUGUUUUAAACAAUUUUCUAGAAAAGAUUAUCUAAUUAAACAUCUAAGAACGCACACUGGAGAAAAAUCUUUUAAGUGUGAAAUUUGUUUUAAAUCAUUUGCUAGGAAAGAUUAUUUAAAUCAACAUAUAAGAACACACACUGGAAACAAACUAUACAAGUGUGAAUUUUGCUUAAAUCAAUAUACUGCAGCAUGCAGUUUGAACAGACAUUUGAAAGUGCACAAUGGAGAAAAACCUUGCCAGUGUAAAAUUUGUUUUAGGCAGUUCAGUCGAACAGAAAGUUUGAAAAAGCAUUUGAAAGUGCACUCUGGAGAAAAAUCUUACAUGUGUGAAUUUUGUUGUAAACAAUUUACUAGAAAAGAUUAUUUAAAUCAACAUGUAAAAACGCACACUGGAGAAAAAUCUUACAAGUGUGAAAUUUGUUUUAAACAAUUUGCCAGAAAAGAUUAUUUAAAUCAACAUCUUACAACACACACUGGAAACAAACUAUACAAGUGUGAAAUUUGCUUUAACCAAUAUACUGCAGCAUGUAAUUUGAACAGACAUUUGAAAGUGCAUGCUGGAGAAAAGCCUUACAAGUGUGAAAUUUGUUUUAUGCAGUUCAGUCGAACGGAAAGUUUGAAAAUGCAUUUGAGAGUGCACACUGGGGAAAGAUCUUAUAAGUGUCAAAUUUGUUUUAAAGAAUUUAUUAGAAAAGAUCAUUUAAACCAACAUCUAAGAACUCAUACUGGAAACAAACUAUAGAAGUGUGAGAUUUGAAAAGAUAUUUGAUAGUGCACACUAAAGAAAAAACAUCUUUUCAGUGUUAAAUUUGUUUUAAGCAGUUUAAUGAAACAGGAUGUUUAAAAAAGCAUUUGAGAGUGCACACUGGAGAAAAGCCAUAAACAGGAAUUUUGAAAAAUUAUUUGAGAGUGUACAUUGGAGAAAAAACUUACCAGGGUGAAAUUUGUAUCAAGCAAUUUAGUGAAAGAGUAAGUUUGAAAAGGCAUUUAAAUGUACACACGGGAGAAAUCCUUACCAAUCUGAAAUUUCUUUUACAGAGUAAAUUUCUUACCUUUCUUACUCGUUAAAAUCCUUACCAAUGUAAAAUUUUUUUUCUCUGAUGGCUCAUUUAAAAAGUCAUUAGGAAAAGCACACUGGAGAAAAAUCUUAGAAGUAUGAAAUAUGUUUUAAACAAUUUACUAGGAAAGAUCAUUCCGACUUUGAUAUUUCAUUUUAAAAAUUCAAAAUUGCGGAUCCAAUAUGUGAAAAUAGUGUAAUGCACAGAAAAGAAUAUUAUUAUAAUAAUAAAAAUUGAAUUAAAAUGUAUUUUAUUAAAUUUAUUUAUUUCUAUUAAUUAAAUUAUACUAAAUUAAUUAAAAAUCAUUGAUUUUUUU